GUUAGGUUAGAGUUUACUUAAUUGGCGGGAAAAACCAGUUGUAAAGACGCACAAAGUGUUAUUCACUUGAACUGUUUUUCAUUACCUAAACUUGUAAAUUAAAAAUAUAAAUAUUGGGUAAUAUUUUAUUAUUCAUAACGCAAAAUGUCAAGCCCAAUGAAACCACCUGCAACACCACGAAAUCUUAAUGAUGAAAGUCCAAGAAACGAUUCACCCAGAGUUCAACCUAGAACUCCGACUUCUGCUUUGGCUUCCAAUCAUAAUACACCGAGUAAAACUCCAAGUAAGCAAGGUUCAUCAUUGGUCUCGACUCCUCAAAGAUGGGGAACUCGAAGAACUCAGGAAACAAUUGCAGCCUCAUCAGAAGGACCUUCUUCACAUCCUCCUACAUCUCCACAUCGGAUUUUGCAAACAAGUCCCAUUGCUGGAGGCAUGAGCGAGAUAGAUCUUUCUUCUCCUCUCAAUUAUGGAACUCCAAGUUCUCUUAGUUCUGUUCGAACUCCUCGAAGUGGAAUCAGAGGAACUCCAAUCAGACAGAGACCGGAUAUUCGAACUGAUAAGAGACUGCGACAAGUGAAUUUAUCUGAACCUAUUUUGGAGGAAGAAAAUAUACAAAGAAGUUCGGAGAGUGAGCCAGCUGGACCACAGCUGGUUAUUUGGGGAACAAAUGUCGUAGUAAAUCGUUGUAAACAGCAGUUUAAACAUUUCAUUCAACGUUUUAUUGAUCCUGAAGCUGAAAAUGACGAAUUACCAGAUUCAUUAAAUUUGACAGAGCCUUUGUAUCUUCAAAAGCUUGUAGAAAUCCAUACGUUGGAAGAGCCAUAUUUAAAUAUUAAUUGCGCUCAUUUAGAGAGUUUUGAUCAACAAUUAUAUCAGCAGUUAGUUUGUUAUCCGCAAGAAGUUAUUCCCACCAUGGAUAUGGCUGCUAAUGAAAUGUUUUUUGAAAAAUAUCCCGCAGCAGUGCUAGAACAUCAGAUUCAAGUGAGACCAUUUAACGUUGAAAAAACUAAAAAUAUGCGACUUUUAAAUCCUGAAGAUAUUGACCAACUGAUAACCAUAACUGGAAUGGUAAUAAGAACAUCUAAUGUAUUACCGGAGAUGAGAGAAGCAUUUUUCCGAUGUAUUAUUUGUUCAUUUUCCACAACGGUGGAAGUUGACAAAGGAAGAAUUUCCGAGCCAACUGUUUGCAGUCAUUGCAACAAUAAUUACUGUUUUACACUGAUUCAUAAUCGCAGUCAUUUUUCUGACAAGCAAAUGAUUAAACUUCAAGAAUCUCCUGAUGAUAUGGCUGCUGGCCAAACGCCACACACUACCGUUUGUUUUGCUCACAAUGAUUUAGUUGAUGCUGUAUCUCCUGGUGAUCGUGUUGCUGUAACUGGAAUUUACAGAGCCAUUCCUAUACAAAUAAAUCCAAGAAUUUCUAAUGUGAGAGCUGUAUAUAAAACAUACAUUGAUGUUGUUCAUUUUAGGAAACAAGAUUCCAAAAGGUUGUAUGAGCAAGAAGACGGAAAGGAUCACGCAUUUCCACCUGAUAGACUCGAAAUACUUAAGAAACUUUCACAAUUAGACGACGUUUAUGAACGAUUAGCUCGUUGUAUUGCACCCAGUAUUUAUGAAAAUGAAGACAUCAAGAAAGGUAUUCUGCUACAACUUUUUGGCGGUACAAAGAAAACUCAUACUACAUCUGGGCGAAGUCAUUUUCGAUCUGAGAUUAAUAUAUUAUUGUGUGGAGAUCCUGGUACCAGUAAAUCUCAGCUUUUACAAUUCGUUUUUAAUUUAGUACCACGUUCACAAUACAGUAGUGGAAAAGGCUCCAGUGCAGUCGGUUUAACAGCUUACGUCACAAAAGAUCCGGAAACCCGCCAAUUAAUUCUUCAAACUGGUGCACUAGUUCUUGCAGAUAAUGGAAUUUGUUGUAUCGAUGAGUUCGAUAAGAUGAAUGACAGUACUCGUUCAGUAUUACAUGAAGUUAUGGAGCAGCAGACUUUGAGUAUUGCUAAAGCCGGAAUCAUUUGUCAAUUAAAUGCUCGAACGAGUAUUUUAGCAGCUGCAAACCCUUGUGAGUCUCAGUGGAAUAAAAACAAAACGGUAGUUGAGAACGUCAUGCUGCCCCACACUCUUAUGUCUCGUUUCGAUUUGAUUUUUUUGAUGCUGGAUCCUCAAAGUGAACACUUUGAUCGCAAACUAGCCAAGCACUUGGUCAGUCUUUAUCUGGAAGAUGAACCAGAACAUGAAGAUGAGUUAUUUGACUUAAGUGUUUUGAGGGAUUAUAUAGCUUUUGCGAAAGAACAUGUCAAACCAACUUUAAGUGAAGAAGCACAGCAGAGACUAGUUCAAGCUUACGUAGACAUGCGAAGAGUAGGAAGUGGCGUAGGACAAAUCACGGCGUACCCAAGACAAUUAGAAUCGCUUAUUCGAUUAUCUGAAGCUCAUGCUAAAGUACGAUUCAGUCAUGUAGUUGAGAUCAAAGAUGUUGAAGAAGCUUGGAGACUUCACCGUGAAGCUCUUAAACAGUCGGCUGUAGAUCCUUUGAGUGGAAAAAUUGAUGUUAGCAUUUUAACGACUGGAGUUUCCGCUGCAGCUAGGAAACGUAGAAAUGAAAUAGUAGAUGCUCUUAAAAAAUUGAUCGCAUCCAAAAGAAAAGUUCCUACGUUAAAUUAUCAGAAAUUAUUUACUGAGUUGAAGGAAACUAUGCAAAUUUUUGUGACUCGUGACAUGUUUGAGGAUUCCUUAAAAGAUCUUCAAGAUCAUGGCUUUAUAAACGUGGUUGGAAGGAACACUAUCCGUAUUUGUACUGAUGUUACUAUUUAAAUUUUAAUUUAUCACUAUUUUUUCAAUAUUUUUUAUAAUUAACAGUAAACUU